CUGCCAUGGCAACUGGAGGCUGUGGUUGUAUUGUCAUAGUAACCAAUGUGUGCGGACUGGGGGACCCUCCCUUGGCGAAUGGAUUCCCGGGAAAGCGCCCAGAGUUCCCCCUUGGCUUCCCUUCCGUCUAAAAGCCUCCCCCAGGUUGGGAAUCCGAGUGCUCUCCUGGGCAGUGAAGUUCAUUUCCUCUUCCCUUUCCCCUUCCCGCAACAAUGGGGGACCCCGAGGCAUUCACCGUGGGCUUUUCCACCCGCCUGCGGGCGGGAACCACCUCCAGUUUCCUCUCAGUGCGGGGCGUGGAGAGGGCCGGGCCUGCGAGGAAGACGCCGGGCCUGAAGGCUGGCGAGCUGCUGUCUGGAGCAUGGAGGGCGAGGCGGCCGGGCGGGGUGGCGGCGGGAAGCUGUGAGGCUGGCGAGGGGUUUCCCCAGGACUGCCUCGGGCUCGGAGAGGCGGGAUCCCGCCAGGACGGGGUCCCUGAGGGAGGAGAACGGCACACGACGACCCAGAUUCCUCUCCUGCCGGGCAGGGACCUCAGACUUUUCCUGGCGGGUCGACCCCUUACCGAAAUCCCCCAACUGCCGCCCGCACACGCCCUUGGCAGCGACCGAGCCACCUCCUGCUGCCGGGAGGCCGCCAGAGCACUGUCCAGGUUACUAUGGAUACCAUGGUGAAGACUACGUCCCUGUCUUGGAGAAACCCACCUUCUGGUAGAGAUAGAGAGAGUGGAGAAGUGCUAAGAAUGCAGUAUGGUGGGUGCAGUAAUUAAGACAUAUCGAGACACAAAAAAAGAGGCGACCCCUGGACCAGCGCGAGGGACCCACCCUCACGAUGACCGAGACCACCAAGACCCACGUAAUCUUGCUUGCCUGCGGCAGCUUCAAUCCCAUCACCAAAGGGCACAUUCAGAUGUUCGAAAGAGCCAGGGAUUAUCUGCACAAAACCGGAAGGUUUAUUGUGAUUGGUGGGAUUGUCUCUCCCGUCCACGACUCCUACGGAAAACAGGGCCUUGUGUCGAGCCGGCACCGCCUCAUCAUGUGUCAGCUGGCCGUCCAGAACUCCGACUGGAUCAGGGUGGACCCAUGGGAGUGCUAUCAGGACACCUGGCAGACCACGUGCAGCGUGCUGGAGCACCAUCGGGACCUCAUGAAGCGGGUGACUGGCUGCAUCCUCUCCAAUGUCAACACGCCCUCCAUGACGCCUGUGGUCGGACAACCCCAAAAUGAGACCCCCCAGCCCAUUUACCAGAACAGCAAUGUGUCCAGCAAGCCCACUGCAGCCAAGAUCUUGGGGAAGGUGGGAGAAAGCCUAAGCCGGAUCUGCUGUGUCCGCCCACCAGUGGAGCGCUUCACCUUUGUGGAUGAGAACGCCAAUCUGGGCACGGUGAUGAGGUACGAGGAGAUCGAGCUGCGGAUCUUGCUGCUGUGUGGCAGUGACCUGCUGGAAUCCUUCUGCAUCCCCGGGCUCUGGAAUGAGGCGGAUAUGGAGGUGAUUGUCGGGGACUUUGGGAUUGUGGUGGUGCCCCGGGAUGCAGCUGACACAGACCGAAUUAUGAAUCACUCCUCAAUACUCCGCAAAUACAAAAAUAACAUUAUGGUGGUGAAGGAUGACAUCAACCAUCCCAUGUCUGUUGUCAGCUCAACCAAGAGCAGGCUGGCCCUGCAGCAUGGGGACGGCCACGUGGUGGAUUACCUGUCCCAGCCGGUCAUCGACUACAUUCUCAAGAGCCAGCUCUACAUCAACGCCUCGGGCUAGCAGCCACACGGCCCCACGCUCCACUCUGCCCUCGUCCUCCGCCGACACACUGGCCCCUCCAGGCUCUGUCAGUCCCCCCGUUUUCCUCCUGCCUCUCUGUUUCUCCAUCUCCUCAUCUUGACUGUUCUCCCCACUUGCUGACUCAACCCUCCACAGUGUGGGGGACCUGCAGAGAACCACAGCAUACCCUCUUCAGCAGUCAUCUUUGGACGGACUCUCCUCUAGUCUCUGGGUCGGGGGUGGGUGAGGGAACAGGGGUGGGAGUUGGGGGGAGCGCAGCCCCUGGAGACGUGCUGGUGUCUGUCUCCCAGCAUGCUCUAGAGAGCGGCUCCGGGGCCCGUCCUCCCAGCAUGCUCUGGGGAGGCGGCUCUGGCUCUCGCCUUCCCAGCAUGCCCUUUACACGAAGGGCUAUUUUUUUCUUUCUUUUCUUCUCUUGUUUUUUGUUUUUUUGUUUUGUUUUGUUGUUGUUGUUGUUCUUCACUCCUCAUAGAAUUUGGAUGAAACCUGUGUCUGUGGUUCUUUGUGUUUGUAGUCUUGAUGCAUUCCUGUGGUGGUAACUUCCCGUUCGAUAGGAUAGCGUAGGCAGCCUCAGCGUGAGAGCCACCCCCAGUAAAGAAGGCCAAGCCGCCUCCACCUUCCCAACACCCCCCACCUGCCCACUCACGCCCCACAAACCCGCACGCACCGCAGCUGCCGACUAGGCUAAGGACAGAGGCUUUCAGGUUCCAAAACCUGGGAGGCAGGUCUGGGAAUAGUAGGGUUUCUCAGAAGAAUUUGUGUCCAUUUCCUUAAUUUCAGAAGACCAUUGUCCCGAUGCUCUGGGCCUGUGAUCACACAGAUCCAGUCCAUCCUCAUGUCCUGGUGGCGUCUGUAUGGUUCCUCCUUUGGGUUGUGACUAAUGGCAGAGUGGGUUCCCUGCCAGCCCAGCAUUUCCAAGGAACCUUCAGGUCACCACCUAAGCCCUUGGAGGUCCUACCUAGCCACAUUCCUGCAUCUGAGAAGAAUCACCUAUUCAAGGCCAAAUCCUAAUAAUGCAGCCAUUUCUGAAAUAAAACAUGCUAGGAAUUCACUCAACCCUAGAGAUCUUUGCUAAUUGGAAUUAUUUCUUGCCUGUUUGGCUGGGAAAUUUUUCUGUCAUGAUGUACGUCCAAGAUGACCAAGGAGAGAGAGGCUUGUUGCCCUGAAGGGAAUUGAUGGUUCUCACCCACUCUCGCUGCAGUGCCUGAGGUCAGUUUCUUCUUGAGACACAGUACCUCAGUCUUGUUUCUGGAGCUGGUCAUAUCUCCUGCAGAGCCCAGAACCAUAGUCAUUGCCUGAGGAAUUCUGUCUGGCAGGGGAGUGGGUUCACAGAACAGAGAUCAUGGUUGGGAGGGCACUAAAUUGUUUCAUCCUUUUUCUAAUUUCUUACCUUCCUCCGCUGUUCCUGGAAACAGUUCUGACAGACUGUUCUAGUUGUUCAGGUCUCACUCAUGCCCUGUGUUGAGAGCCAAAAGGAAAUUAUUCUCUUAUGCUGUGUCUCUCAUCUAGUCCCUGGCUCUUGGGCUUUUGGUUGUCUUCAUGGAAUGGGUCCCUGAGCAACAGGAUAUUUUUAUCAAAAUCUAGUACCAGUUAUGCCCAGGAGGGGUGGGGUGAGACCUGACAUCGGGGACACCAUUCUUCAGUACAUAUUUUACAUCUGUGACAGUCUUCCAUAGCCUCCAGGAAAAGGAACUGGAUUCAACAGAAGAGCAUGUUCAAGUAGCAUCCAGGAGCGUAUUAUUACUUUUGGAUUAUGGAAAUAACCUUCAGAGGGGGGAAUGAAUAACCUAUUCUUGGGUCUCAAUGUUUGGUUAAAGAUCAUGGAAUCAUAAAUGAAAAAAAAAAAACCCUUCAGAGAUUAGUUGAUUCAACAUUCUCCUUUAAAAGAUGAGGGAGCAGAGAUCCACUGGAUUAAAUGGCUGGUCCAAGGUUACACGGCAAGUGUAGAGCCUGGCAAAAGGAUAUUGUUUCCCUGACCCUUAGGGCAUCGUACCGCAUGAUCUCUGUCCCCCAGUUCCCCAUAAUACUGACCAGGUAACGUGUGGCUUCUUCUCUUUUCAGCCCUUACCUGGCAUCUUUCUCUUAAAUUAUGUCUCACCCGGGUGCUCCUAUAGAUGGCACUGCAUAUGCCAGUCUUGAGGGAGGAGGGGUGUGAUGGGGAGGAAGGCCAUAGCUAGGUUUCCCUCAGAAAUCAAGAGAUCUCAGCGGCUUAGAGAAAAUCCCAUAUAGUGACCCUCUGAAUCCAAGAAAGGAUGCUCUAUGGAAGGCUAGGAAAGACCUCAAGUGCUCAAGAUGACACUGGAGAGAGAGACAGAGACAGAGACAGAGAGACAGAAGAGACUUUGGGCAAAGCAGUCCUAAGCCAGGAAAAGAAAAGAGGGAAACGGAUCCCUAGGGGAACGUGACAUUUUCAAGGAUGUGAAGGUUAUCUACGGUUAGAGUUUAUUAUGAGGAUCUACAUGAGCAGAUCCAAGAGAAACCAAACAUUUUUUGUCUCUUUGAUGCACCCUAUUACUCUGCUGGGUUCUGUGGUCAGGCUGCAUUUAGUCCACAGCCCAUGAGAGGGAACCAGGCUGGCUGUAUGCAGUUCAUGUGGGGGUGGGAAGGUGCACAGGAAGGAAAAGAACAGGGUCAUUAGAAGAUGUCUGGCAUGAAAUGGGGCAGAUCUUAUCUUGGUGGAUCACAGGGAUUGUAUUAAAAUAGCUUUCCUUAAAUAUAAGAAAAAGUGAAUUUCCUUUUGGGUAGAAUUGUCCAUUCCCCAACCUGCGCCAUUCUUCAUUUGCUAGGGGGAGGGUAGAGCCCCCUCUCUCAGUCCAGGGCAGGACAUUGUGGCUGUGAUCCUGCAAAGGGUAGCACCAGAAAGAUUCAGAGUCUGAAGUAGUGCCCCAGGUGCCAUGAGGAUGACCUCUAGUCCCUGACUUCCCCUCUGGGGUCCCCCUUCUUCCUCCAAAGGCCAACUCAAGGCUGGCAUGGCUCUGAGAUUGGGAGAAAGGCAUGGGCUGCAAUGAUCAUGUUAAGAGGGGUCAGGAGCCUCAUUUCCUGCCUACCAAUGAAGAACAUCUCUCCCGCUCUUCUGAAAGUGGCUGAUAUGAGUAAGAACAGGCAGGAGGGAAACCCUUUGUGCCAAUGACUCUUCCUCAAUGAGUGGCCCUCUGGGGAGCCCUGUGCUGCUACCCGACAGGCUACCCGGUACCUCAUUUGCCGCCCCCUCCCCCAGGCAGUCUCUGGGGCCUUCUUGCUUUCAUUUUCCUUGAAUGUACAUAGGAACAGGGGAGGAAAGUCUCUUACUGAAGUGCCUGAAACCCAGAGCUAGAGCUUCUAGAGACGCUCUUCUUACAUCUCCACGUGGCGAAACUUCCCAGCGUUUUCUGGUCUCAUACUUCAGCUUCUCAGAAAGAAUAGAAGAACUCGCUGUUCUAAUUAAGUAGAAAGUGAGACUCAGUAAUCAAACUGCAGCAAAAGGCAGAGAAUUAUAGGGAGAGAUGACUGUAUUUUAGCAACCCAAAUCUACUCUCUCAAACUGCUAUAAACACACACUUUAGGGGACUAAGAGAGAGAAGCAUGUUAUUGUAAUUCCAUUCAUCAAAAGAGUGAUGCAAAAAUCCGUAGAAUUUGAAAAGCUCAGGAUCUCUCCCAAGGUACCACAGGAAGGCCUACAGGUGAGAUGGGGAGGAUGGAAACAGGGACUGAUUUUGUAGCUCUUCCAAUUAGGAUACCCGAGGAAUAGCAUUGUGGUGAAGGAGCCCAUGCUCUCGGUCAGAUUCAUCCGGUCUACACCUUUCUAGAGCUGCCCAGUGAACUCAAUUCUUUAUGUGGUUUCUUGGUCGUGUCAGUUUGGGUGUCCUAUUAGCCUGUUCUAGUUACUUGGGAAUGAGCUACACUCUUUCCCUUCAGUCUAGCCCAGGUCCAGAACUCAGUUUGAUCUGAACAGUCUCAAGGAUUGGCAUGGGGAGGGGGGAAGCUUUUUUUUUAAUCGCUUUUGGUCACUGAACCUACCAUUUUAAGAGUAAGAUUUGCUUUAUGAAAAUCAAUUCAUUAAUAAAAACUACAUUGAAGUUGCAACACCAUUUCAUAGUGAAAUAUUUUGAGUAAAAUUUUGUUGCUAGGAUAGUCAUGGACAAAAGUUUUAUCAGCAAAAUGUUUGAAUUACAUUAAUAAAUAAGACAAUGCUACUAGUCCUGUGUCUGUCCAGAAUCUUCUCUGCGAGUUGCAGAAUUAAUAAUUUUUUGUCAUAGUCUUACUUGACGGGAGCCAACAGUUGCAAAAAUGUUCUUAGAGCAGAUUUUCUGCAUGGUUUAGCUGAUGCCACGUGUGUGAUAUGAAAGUAUGUACAGCCACGCCCAAGAAUCAUAGGUAGGGAAGAAGAAUUAACAAAUUUGUGAACUGUGCCUAAGAAUUUUCAAUUAAAAAUUGAAUCUUAGAACCUACCUAAUCUUCAUAGUCUCCUAUUGGUUAGCGUUGGCUCACUAAUGAAAUUAGUUCUUUAUGAAGCAAAAAUGUAUUUGUAAAAACUAAACUUGUAUAACUCACUUUUGGUAUAAAAGAUCUUAAGACAAAUCAUUAAACUCACAGUUUUGGCAGUGUAAACAAGCAAAAAAAAUGAAUAAUUUGUUAAUUGCUCAGUUCUGCUCUAUUAGUUCUUAUUUCAUUUGUAGUUGUGACAUGCAUUGUGUGUUGGUAUAGAUCCAAGUGGUGGUUGUCAUUAGCUAGUAUCAGUCGUGAUUCAGAUGGUAAAAUAGCAAUUCCCCUUUAGGCCCCUCAUUUAGGACUUAGCCACUUGUUUGUCAGAUUAGCUGUGCUUUUAAAAAAAAUCACUUUGGUCCUUACUAUGUGUUUUGUUGUUAUUGUUUAAGAUUGGAAUUAGUUAGCUUUGUGCGUGUCCAUCUGGGUUUGGUGGCCCAUCGUAAUGAUGCUUGAUAUGCCUUGUAAAUUGAUUACUUGUGUUUACGUUUGCUAUUUUGGCCACAAACCUAAACACUUUUUUCUCUGUCCUGAGAGUAUGUAAUGUUGAAAGCUUGUUUAAAAUUGGGCAUAAACACUGGUUUAAUUUGCUAACUUACAUUAACUUAUAAAAUAUAUGUACUAACUAUGAGUUAAUAUACAUGUACAUACACACUUCUUCCCUUAUGACCCAUAAGUAAGCUUCAGGUCUUGGAAUUUCUUAGGAAGUUCCAUGUAGCCCAUAGAAUAAAGAAAGCAGAAAAAAAAAAAAAAAAAAAAACCUAAUCUCUAUUUUCCAGGUGGCAAAAUUGAGCCACAGCAAGAAUCCACAACGCUCCCAUGACCAUGCAAAAACAUUGAAAGAAGACAUAAUAAAUAUAUCCCAGCCCUUGAGCCUCAUUCCAAACAUUGGACAUUACUGAGCAUCUUCUUCCCCUUUUCCCUGGCCUCCCAAGAGUACUGACAAGAAACCACAUCCUGGGAUAAGAUCAGAAAUACAUCUGCUAAGAAGCCAUGGCCUAUGGGCAGGUUCAUUCCUACCCCCCUCUAAACAGAAAUCCCUAUGAGUCAAAGUAGAUGAUGAUAUGCAUAAUGGCCUACCAGCAGCACAAUUAAUCAGAAAGCUCUCAGGGGAGAAGUUCAAAGGAGUUUUUCACUACCAGUUAGAAAUACUGAUGAGAACGCGGAAGGACAGCUCUCUUAACUUGACAGAGUAGGACAAGACUGGCAACAGAGGCUAAGUCCUGAGUAGGCUAUCUCUCAGCCACACACUCCUCUCUCUUCUUAGGGAUAAUUUGUCAGGUCCUCAAAAAUGAGGGAAUCAUGUCCAUACCAAGGGAGUCAUAUGAGUCACUUUUCCACUUCCCAUCUCUAUUUAGAGAUCAUCUCCCAUUUAUCAGGGAAGACAUUCUAUGACCUUCUUAACAAUUUAUUCCAUUGAGGAAUCCCUUUAUGAUUGCAUGCUAUUAACUAAUGGAAUCCCUCACCAAGUUCCCUAGAACAUACACUGCUUAAUCUCAUACUUGGCAGAGACAGACGCCAAUCACUAGCUAUGCAUUCUAAUGAAUUAUCCCCUUUCAUAGAGUAGGAUUGUCACUGAGACAUGGCUUCUUACCAAGGGGCUGUAUUUCCCAGACCCCUUGCAAGUCAGAUGUGGUCAUAAAACUGGGUUCUGGACCAUGGAACGUGAGAGAAAGUGAUGUGCAUCCCCUCCCAGGCCUAGCCCACGGAAACCUUCCAGGUGUCUCCCACCUCCAUGUCUUUUUCCCUUUCUAAUCACUGGAAUGGAAAUGAUUCCCAGGGCAACCUUAGAAGUCACAUGUUGUAAAUGGCAAGGUUCUGGAAUGACCAUGCAGAGGGUCACCCUACCGACUUUCUCCCCAUCUGUUAUGAGAGCAAGAAAAAUGUCUCCUGUGUUUGAGUAAUGUACAUUUUUAGGUCUAUGUGACAUAGUAGUUAAUCUAAUCUAAUUAAUACAUAUACAUUUCCUGGGCACUAAUUGUUAACUACAGUGAGAGAUUUAUAGGACAUGUGGUUGAGCAUGCCAAGACAGGAUUAUAAAUUCACU